UCGCAAAGCUGUUUAAGGACCCCAGGAUGUCCAUGCUUGCUGAGCCCCGGAGGAAACAGAAGUGGUCUGUUGACCCCAGGAACAGCACCUGGAGUAAUGAUGACUCCAAGUUCGGUCAGAAGAUGCUGGAGCGAAUGGGCUGGUCCAAGGGCAAGGGCCUGGGCAGAACUGAGCAAGGGUCCACUGAAAAUAUCAAAGUAAAGGUUAAGAACAACAACUAUGGUCUUGGUACCAGUGUCAGCCAUGAGGAUAACUGGAUCGCCCACCAAGAUGAUUUCAAUGAGCUCCUUGCUCAACUGAACAACUGCCAUGGUCAGAACAGCGGCACGGAAUCUCCACCACCAGAGGAGCCUAAAGGAUUUAGCUUGGAAGCAAAGUCCAAGACCUCCAAGAAGAGGGUUCAUUACAUGAAGUUCACUAAAGGAAAGGACCUGUCCUCCCGCAGUGCAACAGACCUGAACUGUAUCUUUGGGAAGCGAGGAAGGCCUACAAAUGACCAAGAGCAGGAGAGCAACAGCAGUGAUUCUCAGAGUGAGCCGGAGAAGACUUUCACUCCUGCUCCCUGUGUACUGGAUACAGAGUCCAUCACCAAAACUGUGAAAAGUACGCUCACUAUGCAGGAGUACUUUGCACAGCGGAUGGCUCAGCUGAAGAAGGCUCGUGGACAGGCCCAGAGUGAAGAACCCUCAGUGGAGACAGAGACCUUAGAUACCCCUGAGGAGCCCAGCCCCAAUGAUGACACAGAAGAGCCCAAAAAGAAGAAAAAGAAGAAGAAGAAGAGCAAAGAGCCAGCUGAUGAGGUGGAAGUUGUAGAAGAGAGCAGUACCGCCGCUCCCAUCGUGAUCCUGGACGAAGAGGACCAACAGCAGGAGCAGCUGGGGAAAAAGAAGAAAAAGAGGAAAACGGUAGAAAGCGAUGGAGCUGCAAAUGAGAACUGUAGCGCCACCUCUAGUGUGGAGCAGAACUGUGAGGAACUGCCUCCAUCCAAGAAGAAGAAGAAGCAUAAAAAGAAAGAUAAGGAAACUGAGCUUCUAAAUGGACAUGGGCCAACCGAGGAUGUAGUACAAGAGGAGGAGGAGGUGGUGGUGGUGGGAAAGAAAUCCAAAAAGGACAAGAAAAAGAAGAAGAAACGCCAGGAAUAGGGCAGAAUUAAUAGAAUUGUCCUCCAAUUCCACCUGUCCUUUAGGCUUCUCGGGACUGAUGUUAUAAAUGUGAUCAUGGGGACACAUGUAUACGGAGUUAUUGCCUUUAUGUCAUCUGUUCUCUUUAAUAGAUACAUUCUAACAACGUGUUCAUGGAGAACAGGAAGUUAGACAUUUGAUCACAUGACAGAAAAACCUGCAAUAUACAUUGUUGCAGCAGACAGUAAAAUGCCUUGACUGACAGAGAGUUAGACAUUUAGGGAAAUACUCUAAAAUUGUUUUCUUCCUGAGAGUUAGAUGUACAAUAAAUAUGAAGUUAAAAAAAUAGUGCGUAACUCCAUAAAACCACGUAAUUUUUACACUCUGUAACGUGAUAAAUGGUGAGCUUUAGAGUUGCUGGUAGUUGUUACUUUUAGACCAAGCCAGGCUAGUGGUUUCCCAUGUUUACAGUCAGUAUGCUAAGCUAAGCUAAGCUAACCAGCAUCUCGCAGGAGCUUCAUAUUUAACAGACAGACAUGAGACCAGUAUCGACCUUCUCAUCCAACUCUGGGCAAGAAGCAAAUAAGUGUAUUACUCAAAAUGUUUAACAAUUUCUUUAAACUUUAAGCUAAAUGUGUGUCUCUAUAUGUGACUCUUCUAAAAUGAAUUCAUAGACACCAUAGAUUGAUGUACUUUUUAAACAAACUAAGCAAAAUUUUUCCAUCAAAAUAUAAAAAUUAUUAGAUAGGCAUCUGUCUUAUGGAACAUAAUGGGGCAAAAUUGCUAAAUUUCAAAAUGCUACCCAUAGAUUUGGGUCAGUUUGGUGAUUUUAUGCAUUUGUGUCUUACCAUCUUAUACACAUCAGCUUUACUAUUUAUUUAAGCAACAUUUCAUAAAUAUCUAUUUUUUCUUUUCUUGUCAGCAAUCUUUUUUCUUUCUUUUUUUCUUCAGACAUAAUUGAUUAAUAGACCCAGAUACAGAGCUUGUCAAAUUUGUCAGAACAACUUUGAUGUGAUAUGAAUUGACUGAUAUGAACUGAUGUAAUUUGCUUCAUGAGCUGUAAAAAAACAGUUUAGUGCUCGAACAGGAUCAAAUCACUUUUUAAAUAAAUCCAAAUAGCAAUGAA